AUGCCUGAUCGGCCAAUCCAUAAACCCAGAUCGCUAAAUUCCGUGGGCGACCGAAUACUGCUCGAGCAGUUAGAACCCCACAAGUUCGGUAUCGUGGCUUUGCAGGAAAUCUGUCGCAAGGUUGAGAAGGUGUGGGAGGUCCGCGACGGUAAGGCCCAGUUUCACCAGAGCGGUGGGGCUACCAACGAGCUGGGAACGGGCUUUGUAGUGUUGGGCAGAAUGUUGGAUCGCGUUAUUAAUUGGAAAGCGAUGAACGAAAAGAUGUGUGUACUGAGUAUAAAAGGCCGGUUCUACAACUGUCCUGUCGUGCACUGUCCGCACGAAGGCAGACCCGACGACGAGAAGGAAGCGUUUUAUGCGCAGCUGGAAGCGACAUAUGACAGCUGUUCACCACGGGACAUCAAGAUCGUCAUCGGGGAUAUGAACGCCCAGAUUGGUAGGAAAGCAAUGUACAGACCGGUGAUAGGCCCAUGCAGUCUACACACCGACACGAACGACAACGGCCAGCGGUGCAUCAACUUCGCAGCUUCCCGAGGGCUUGUGAUCAGAAGCACUUUCUUCUCCCGCAAGGAUAUUCAUAAGGCCACUUGGAGAUCACCUGACAACAUACAACAAACCAAAUUGACCACGUCCUCAUCGAAGGCCGAUUUUUCUCAAACAUCACUAACAUACGCUCCCUGCGCGUUAAAAGACCCGCAAGCUGCCGAGAAUUACGCGCACCUGUUGGAUGAGGCACUACCCUCCUCUGGGGAGCUAAAUGCUUCGAAUCUCGAAGACGACUGGAGUAAGAUUAGCUUUGCCAUCGAAGAGACCGCAACCGCGGUACUAGGUGAGGAAACUACGAGCCCAAGAAACGACUGGUUCGACGGGGAGUGCCAGCAAGCGAUGGAGAGAAGCAAAACAGCUCGGAAAAACUAUCUAAGCAUUGCCACGAGGAAGAAUUUAGCCAAAUAUCGACGAGCGCGGAAUAAGUUGAUCACGAUACUGAGGCGAAAAAAGCGCCAGCAGGAGGACAGGGAUCGUGACGAACAGAACAACUAUUUCAAGCUGAUGAUACGCGCAAGUUCUAUGAGAAGGGACGAGGAAGGAAACCUGAUUACAAGCGAGCGCGAGGUGGUCGACAAGUGGCAGCAGUUCUUCGAUAAGCGCCUCAAUGGCGAGAUAGUAGAUGGAGUGCCCCCGACCUCCAGGAGAUCCAGCGAGAAAUCGGGCUGCUGA